AUGGUAAAUAAAAACUUGGGGUUGGCGGCACUGCGGGAACUGUCUGAUUAUGAGAGGGGGGCUGGGAAAAUGUCUGACGACGACAACGUUCAAUAUAUUAAGAAACCGAGGAAGGAGCUGGAGGAGGCGGCGACCAACGACGAAAGCAAUAAAAAGGGGGAGAACUCGGCGGCGAAUCCACUCCAACGUCGCGAAGACAAGCAAACGAUGAAAGUGUCGAACGUGAAAACUGUGGCCUUUGGCCGUGAAUACUACGGGACGAUUAUAAUUUCGUCAGAUGCAAUUCUGAUUAUACCGGACGAUCUAAAUAUGUUAAAUUUAUACUUAAUGCCCUGUAAUAUAAAGGAAUUUUAUGAGGAGGGACUGCGGGGCAUUAUGUUAAACCUGUACUGCGACCCACAAAAAGUCAUGAUAUAUUUCCGAACGGAGAGGCAAGUGGCUCAGGCGAUGAAACGAAUAAGACAAUUGAAUGGGUGGUUUUUACAGUUCCGAGUCCACAUCAGAAUCUUCCAGCUCUGGGGAGACGUCGGUGUCAAUAUCGGUACCAGAAUAAAGAAGAAUAUCAGAGGCCUCGAUUCCUUCGGCCGAGUCUGGGAUCUGCGCACCGGAAGAUGCGUAAUGUUCAUGGAAAGCCACCUCAAAGCCAUCCUAGGAAUCGACUUCUCCCCCGACGGUUAUCACAUAGCCACCUCCAGCGAGGACAACACCUGCAAAAUCUGGGACCUGCGCAAACGGUCCGUCCUAUACACAAUCCCGGCGCACACCAACCUCAUCUCCGACGUUAAAUUCCAAAGAGACGGCGGCGAUUACUUAAUAACCUCGUCGUACGACGGCACCGCCAAACUGUGGACAAAUCGAACCUGGCAGCCCCUGAAAACCCUCUCAAGCCACGACGGGAAAAUCAGGUCGGUGGAUAUUUCCACCGAUAACCAGUACAUAGCGACCAGUUCGUACGACAGGACGUUUAAAUUCUGGGCGCCCGAGGAACAGAAAUAAUGUAUAUUUUAAGAUUUUUGUACAACAGUUAUAAAUAUAAUUAUUAGGUUAAUUUAAUUCGA